GCAGCUCGCGGGAAAACUUGUCUCCGGGUAAAAGAAGCGCGCGCGGGACUUUCAAGCUUCGGCCCCGGGAGGUUGCCCUGCCAUGAGCCUCUGGGUGGACAAAUACCGGCCCAGCUCCUUGGGACGGCUGGACUAUCACAAGGAGCAGGCGGCGCAGCUACGCAACCUGGUGCAAUGUGGUGACUUUCCUCAUUUGCUAGUGUAUGGACCUUCAGGUGCUGGGAAAAAGACAAGAAUUAUGUGUAUUCUACGUGAACUGUAUGGGGUUGGAGUGGAAAAAUUAAGAAUUGAACAUCAAUCCAUCACAACUCCAUCUAAAAAAAAAAUUGAAAUCAGCACUAUUGCAAGUAAUUACCACCUUGAAGUUAAUCCCAGUGAUGCUGGAAAUAGUGACCGAGUGGUAAUUCAGGAGAUGUUGAAAACAGUAGCACAAUCACAGCAACUUGAAACAAAUUCUCAAAGAGAUUUUAAAGUGGUAUUAUUGACCGAAGUUGACAAACUCACCAAAGAUGCUCAACAUGCCUUGCGUAGAACCAUGGAAAAGUACAUGUCUACCUGCAGGUUGAUCUUGUGCUGCAAUUCUACAUCUAAAGUGAUACCACCUAUUCGUAGUAGGUGUCUAGCAGUUCGUGUGCCUGCUCCCAGUAUCGAAGAUAUUUGCCAUGUGUUAUCUACUGUGUGCAAGAAAGAAGGUCUGAAUCUUCCCUCACAGUUGGCUCAUAGGCUUGCAGAGAAGUCCUGCAGAAAUCUUAGAAAAGCCCUACUUAUGUGUGAAGCCUGCAGAGUGCAACAGUAUCCUUUUACCAUAGAUCAAGAAAUUCCUGAGACAGAUUGGGAGGUUUAUCUGAGGGAGACUGCGAACGCCAUUGUCAGUCAGCAAACUCCGCAAAGGCUCCUUGAAGUUCGUGGAAGACUCUAUGAGCUUCUCACUCAUUGUAUUCCUCCAGAGAUAAUAAUGAAGGGCCUUCUCUCAGAACUAUUACAUAACUGUGAUGGACAACUGAAAGGGGAAGUGGCCCAGAUGGCAGCUUAUUAUGAACAUCGUCUACAGCUGGGUAGCAAAGCCAUCUAUCACUUGGAAGCAUUUGUGGCCAAAUUUAUGGCACUUUAUAAGAAGUUCAUGGAGGAUGGAUUGGAAGGCAUGAUGUUUUGAUUUCUAUCGGUAAUUCUUCCAAGGAUUUAUCAGUAUCGGCAUUUAUAUACAGUUUAUAUUGGAAGCAGUGUGAGCAAAAUAAACUUAAUUUUACCAUGUCUUA